AUGGACCGAAAUACUGAGGAAAUUCUCGUGGAUAUGGACCAAAUCGCCUUCAAUAUGUUAAAACAUGGAGAUGGUGAAAUUGUUUUAUUGGAAACGUAUUGCAAUGAAGGAAUUGCAAUUAUUGAAAUAAAUAAUCCUGGAAAACGUAAUGCAAUAAGCGGUAAAAUGAUGUCAGAUUUUCGAAAUUGCAUAACGAAACUGGAAUCAUGGAAACAAGGCAAAGCUGUGAUAAUCCUAGGUCGAGGUCAAAAUUUUUGUUCUGGCGGAGACUUGGAUUUUGUCAAAAACCAUCCGACCCAAAAAGGUGGUUUAUAUUUCAGUACACUUAUGCGAGACAUCUUAAAACGCUUAGAACAAUUACCUUUAUUUAGCGUUGCUUUGGUGCACGGUGCAACUUUAGGGGGUGGUACCGAAGUCGCCGUAGCUUGCGAUUACAUUUUGGUUAGCGAGGAUGUUAAAUUUGCUUUUGUCCAGGGCAAAUUGGGAAUUAUUACUGCGUGGGGUGCUGCAACCAGAUUGACGAAAGCCAUCGGAACAAAAAAAGCCCUUGAUCUACUUCUAACGUCCAGAAUACUAACCGCACAAGAAUGUCUGGAUAUUGGAUUAGCUUCAGGUAUAGUAACCGAGGAAAAUAAAUUAGAAGAUUGCCUGGAAUGGACCAGAAGACGCACUCGACAUAGUUGCAAUGUAACUAGAGCUUUUAAAUUGGCCGUGUCACAAAGUAAUUUAUUUGACGAAUCGUUGAGGAAUGAACUUGAAUUAUUUUUACCUUUAUGGGGUUGUCCCGAGAAUAGAGAGGCAUUAAGUAAAAAUAUUAAACAUGUUAAUGGUCAUAAAUGA